CAAAUGAUUUAUGUCAGUCGAUGAGUGGAAUUGGCUAAGAAGUGAUAUAUAGAAUGUUGUGUCUGGUGUUGAUAGUUUUUUGUUGUUUAGCUCAAGUGGUUGAGCUAAGACGGUAUAUUGAAGUUAAAAACCAGAAUAGUUUCCCUAUUUGGAUUGAAACAUUAACAAACAACAAUGGAGCACCGUUAUCCAAUGAAAUAAAGCGCAUAAAUCCGGGCGGUGGAAUCAAAUACGAAAUUAGUGAUCACGGUUGGGCUGGUAGAGUUUGGCCAAAAAUCGGUUGCAAUCGAAACGGUGCAAAUUGUGAAUUUGGACAAUCGAUCGCACCAUGCCCAUCUGGAGGCUGCCAUCCACCAGCCGAUACAAAAGUCGAAUUUUUCUUCCCACGAAUCAACAGCAACCAAAAUUCUUUCUACGAUAUCAGCUUGGUCGAUGGGUUCUCAUUAGCAAGUGAAAUUAUUCCAAUCCGAAAUGGUAAUCAUUUCCAACAAGGUACGUGCGUUCGAACUGAUUGCCGAUUAACACCGAACCAGUGUCCCGGGAAUGAGAAGUUUGGUUUGGGCAAUUUGUCGGUGCAAAAAAAUAAUCGACCAGUUGGGUGUUUGUCGCCGUGCAAAAAAUGGAACUAUCCGGCACCAUAUGGGCAAGGGCGCAAUGAACAGCAAGGCGAUGGCAGAAAACUGUGCUGUCCAAGUCCAGUUUCUGUGGAGGAAUGUCGAAGAGGCAUUGUUGCGCAAACCGAAUACGUGAAUCUUGUACGACGCGCAUGCCCAACCGCAUACAGUUUUGCUUAUGAUGACGAUGGUGGUUCACAUGAUUGUCCAUCCGAUACCAGUUUCCAUGUGACAUUCCGUUAAUAAUGCGUAAAAUACUAUGAAAACAGAACAAAAUAUAUAGUUAAAAUACUUAAAACAAAACAAAAAAUACUUCGAACUCAUCUUUGAAUUGAAAAAAAAAUACUUAUAACCUAUCUUUGUUUGCUUUUUACAUUCUUUGCGAAUUCGUGUUGCUCAUUCUCAAAUGAAAUUAUAGUUUCGUUUUAAUUCAAGUUAUUCUUUCCAUAGUAUGGAAUCCAUACACUAUAAAUUCAUUUGAUUUUUUUUGUAUAAGAAUUUUUUGUUCUAACGAUUUGAAGCGAAAAAAACAGCGAUGACAUUGAAUUGUGAAAUAAAUAGCAAUAACUAUAAUUUCUAAAUGAUAAAAUAUUAUCAUUAAAACGAAAAUUCUUUGAAUUUCAGGCUUAUUCGCUAUGGUGUCUGCUUUAUAAUUUGGUUUAUAAACCAGUUAUUCAAUUUAAAUGUAUAACAAAUUAACAGAAAUAAAUGUGUGUUUUGGAACCAAAACAACGCCGUUCAAACCAUGGAAUCGUUCUACAGAAACGUU